ACACAGUUGUCCGGCGUUUGUUGUGACGCUAAUACGUAGCCCUCACAAAUGGCGUCCUUUCCUCUGCCAAUAAGUAUUUCUGAAGUUAAUUCUUUGAGUGACGAACAGUUUGAGUCUGUUUUCGGAAAUGUAAUUGAACUAUGCACUGAUGCUGCCGUUGAAGUUAAGAAAAAGCGACCUUUCCAAGAUGUAACAGCGCUUUGUGAUGCGUUCCAAUCAUAUUUAGAUGAUAUUAGUUUAGCAGAUAAAGUAGUAAUUUUGAAGCUGCACCCUGACUUAGCAGGGCGGUUGGCUGCACGCGGGGAACUGACCCCGGAGUCUGCAGGGGAACAACGCGCUGCAGGGCUGGACGGACUCACGGCGGAACAGAAGCGAGUUAUGGAUGAAAGCAACCAACGAUACAAACUCAAGUUCGGUUUUCCAUUCAUCAUUUGCGCGCGGGAGAACAAGGUGCAGUCCAUAAUUGAAGGAUUGCAAAGUAGAUACAAUAAUUCACAAGAACAAGAAAUUAUUACUGGCAUCAAUGAGGUCAAGAAAAUAUGUAAACUUAGAAUCCUUGAUAUUGUAAAGCACUGAAAUACUGUUGAAUAUCUUUGUAAGAUAUAACUUUGAUUAAAUGUGAAUACAGCUUUUAAAAAAAAUUA